AGCUUUCCUCCACAAAGCCACACCUCCAAAUGUUAUCUACACUACAAACCCCUCGUCUUCUCCGUUUCCCCACUUUCUCUAUCAAAUGUCUCUCCACAUCCCUUCCACUACCCACCCCCCUCCCUUCCACUACCCCACCACCCCAAUCCCAAAUCCUCACAACCCGUAAAUCUCUCUUAUCUCGUGAAAUCUCAGCCGUUGAUCUUGCCACAACAUUCUUAACACGUUUACGACACACUGAACCUCACUUAAAAAGCUUCCUUUAUGUAUCCGAUGUUGUAUUAAAGGAAGCUGAGGAAGUUGACAGGAAAAUUAGAGAUAAUAAUGAAGAGUUGGGCCCACUUGCUGGGGUUUUAAUUGGUGUUAAAGAUAAUAUUGUUACGUGUGAUAUGCCUUCAACUGCUGGUUCUAAGAUUUUGGAGAAUUAUAUACCACCUUUUGAUGCUACUGUUGUUGAAAAGAUUAGGAAAAAAGGUGCUAUUGUUAUUGGGAAAACUAAUAUGGAUGAGUUUGGUAUGGGAAGUACUACUGAAGGUUCAGCUUAUCAGGUGACAGCAAAUCCUUGGGAUUUGUCCCGGGUACCAGGUGGUUCAUCGGGGGGUUCAGCUGCAGCUGUUUCUGCUAGACAAUGUAUGGUAUCAUUGGGAAGUGAUACUGGUGGAAGUGUUAGGCAACCGGCAUCUUUCUGUGGUGUUGUUGGUCUGAAACCAACAUAUGGUCGUGUCUCGAGAUACGGACUUGUGGCAUAUGCUUCGUCUCUGGAUGUUAUUGGUUGUUUUGGCUCAUCAGUUGCUGAUGCAGGCAUUCUCCUUCAUGCAAUUUCUGGUCACGACAAGUUUGAUGCAACAAGCAGCAAGAGAGAAGUUCCCGACUUUGCUUCCCAAUUUAUUGCAAGUGAUCAGUUGGACUCCAAACCUCUGAAAGGACUGAGAGUUGGUCUGAUCCGGGAAACCAUUGAAGAUGGAGUUGACCCGGAAGUAAUUUCUUCAAUCCGCGGUGCUGCUAGUCAUCUUGAAGAACUUGGAUGCACUGUCACCGAGGUCUCGUUACCAUCCUUCUCUCUUGGAUUGCCAGCUUACUAUAUCCUUGCUUCAUCUGAAUCUUCUUCAAAUUUAUCCCGUUAUGAUGGUGUCAGGUACGGGAAACAAGUUGUCGCUGAAGAGUUAAACUCCCUUUACGGGGAAUCCCGUGCCGAAGGCUUAGGUUCUGAGGUGAAAAUGAGAAUCCUAAUGGGGACAUAUGGUCUGUCUGCUGGUUAUUAUGAUGCAUACUACAAGCGAGCCCAGCAGGUAAGGACUUUGGUAAGGGAAAGCUUCAGGGCAGCAUUAGAUGAGAACGAUAUUUUGAUUUCACCUGCUGCACCAUCAGCCGCUUAUAAAAUUGGUGAAAAGAAGAACGACCCGUUGUCAAUGUAUGCUGGUGAUAUCAUGACUGUCAAUGUCAACUUGGCUGGUCUUCCAGCAUUAGUUCUCCCUUGUGGAUUUGUUGAUAACAAGUCUGUGUCCCUUCCUGUUGGUAUUCAGAUGAUUGGUGCUGCAUUUGAAGAGGAGAAAUUGCUGAAAGUAGGCCAUAUCUUUGAGCAGACACUGCAAGGUUGCUCUUUCAUUCCUCCUCUGGUAGCUGAUGAAUUGGCAUGCUAGUCGUGAAUUCUUGCCGCAAUUCGGGGAAGUUAUGUCCGGAUAAUCAACCUAACGAUUUCAUGAAAAGUGCUGGCGAAAUAGCUAUGGUUGAAAGCUCCGUGCUAAUAAGGAAGCCGGAUGCAUCUACCCAUAUCUAUUUUUCCACCAAGCUUUCCAGGCUCGUGCCAAAGAACUGUGAUAUUCAGAAAGAAAAUUCUUGUGCUGGAUUCUUUUAGGAGGAUUGGCGUAUAAAAAUGCGUCAAUUGAGUAUUCAUAAGAACUCUCAGUAUCUGGGAUACUUGUAGCUUGUUGCAAGCAUUUUUUUUUUUUUGGUAAAUUAGCAUGCAUCAAUUUUGAUACUUUGAUGUAUACAUUUGUUUAUUUCA